CAACAUUAGCGAAUGCUACACUGUCCAAAUCAAUAUUAUUUAUCGAUCAUUUUGAAGAAAACUAUCAACGAUUUCUUAGAGAUAAUUGAUAGCAAUAGAUUUUCAAAUUGUUCUAUGAUUACAAAUAAUAGCAAGUGAUUACUCAUAAUUUCAUUUAAUAAUCAUUUUCAUGACAACGACAAUGUAAGUGUCAAUAAUCACAUCCAAAAUGAAUUUUACUUUUUUUAUUAGUCAGUAGUUUUUCAGAAUCGAUAAUAAUUGGGAAUAGUUUUGUGAGAAAUAAUGAAUCAACUUAAUGAGAGAACAGUUGAUUUAAUUGUUCCUUCGGGAUUAUUUGUUCGUUCAUUACAAUCAAACCGAAAAAUUGAUUUAGCGAUUGGUCUGUUUGUUGUAAUUUUCAUGUGUGCCUACAGAGUUUUAAGAGUUCUGAUAAACUCUGUAUACACGAGCUUCAAAAAGAAAUUAUUUUCGACAAAUUUUGGUAUCUAAUCUCCGAUGUAAACAUUGGAAUCAGUAUAGCAAUAAUGAUAUACCAACGGUCUAACUAUCGGAAAUUAAUCGUUGAUAUAAAUAGAGUAUUGUCUCAAUUUAUAACUAUUUCUAACCAAUAUUCAAUGAAACAAAGAAAAUAUCUUCGAAUAUUCAACUUUAUCAUGUAUUCUUACGAGAUUCUUAUUUUCUCUGGUAACAAUGGACUGAUCUACAUUAUCAAAGAUUAUAUUAAUGGGAAUCAAGUUCCAUCUCAAUUAAUAUUGAUUUACAUCUUACACUCAAUUGCGGCUUCUACUUGGUUGAUAUUUUAUAAUUUUAUCAUUGAAUCUUGUAUUCACCUUCAAUCAUAUCUCACUGUUAUGCUUUAUGAUAUUGACUCAAUCGAUGAAAAUCGUCCUGAUCUUCUUAAACGUAUAUACAAUACCCGAUUAACUUACAUUGAAGGUAUUCAAAUUACUCGAAAACUUGAUUGCUAUCUAUCAAUAUUUAUUACAUGUUUUUACGUUCAAUCCACUAUUAUUUGUUAUCUCAAUUUUGUUGAAAUAUUUCAUGAUAAUACUCCAUUCCUGCUGAAAAAUUUGUUCAUAUCUGGUCAAGCUUUUUAUAUUAUAUUCAUCACUUGUCACUUUGUUUAUGUCAACUGUUUAUCGGUUAAAUGUUAUGAUCAAGUUUAUCAACUUUCGCUUUGCUCAUCAAUAUCCCAACAAGUGACCACUGAGGUAAACUUUUUCCUGGAUCGAAUCAAUCGGCAAGAUCUUGGAUUUACUUUCGCUAAUCUGUUCGUAAUCACUCCCAGUUUUGUAUCUUCGUUAGCAACAAUAUCCUUAACUCUUGCUUUGGCUACUCCUGAUUUAUUCAAAGAAAAGUAAUUCAAUCAAUCAUAACAACAAACGUACAGUAUAAACUGAAACUAAGAAUACAAAUUGUAUGCAUCUUUAAGGUCAAUUUGAAUUAACGGGAAAAUCUAUCGAAUUCUCUAAACAGUUGAAUGAUUUAUUAAAAAAUUGAUUCUCAAUGAGAUGGUACGAAACUCCAGUUCAGUAGUUCAGUCACAUAUUCUUUGAAAAUUAAUCGAUAAUAAUAUCAUGUUAUUCUGGUACCGGGUUUGGUUAUAAUGAAAACUGUUCCACGCAGCUUGAUAUCAAUAGAUUACUUUUCAUUCACCAUUUUGAUUCAGCAAAACGAAAAAAACUUCUUAAAAAAGUCUAAUUUUCAUGGAAAUAGUAUUUAAAUGAUUCGUUGGUUAAUCAAUCAUCUAAGCGAAAACAGUUAAAUAAUACAAUAAAAUAGUUCGAACUCAUUUCUAGCUGAUAACAAAUUUUCUAUGCUUAUGAUGAUGAUAAUUCUUGUAAUUGGAUCAA